AGUGCCCCCCCAUCCCCUCAAUCCGGCUGGAUCCUGUUGCGGUGCCGCUGGCGCUGCUGGGAUGGUUGCGGGAGGAGAAGGGGGGUCAGGAAAGCAGGCGGGCAUUCUGGUCUGUGCGCAGUAGUGAGAGUCGGACUCCCAGUAGGCUGGAGUAAGAAGUACCAGUGAUCGCCGCUUGUGCUGCGAGAACGAGCGCUCCCGCUGCACGACGAUAGGGAAAAAUAAAAGCAAAAGGAAAGCCGAGUGCCGUCGCUCGGCAUCGCUGCUUACUCCGCCAUGCCGAAGAGAAAGGUGAACGCUGCUGAAGAGGAGCCAAAAAGGCGAUCAGCACGACUAUCAGCUAAACCUGUGACUGCCAAAACUGAAACCAAAAAAAAAAAAACAGCUUCAAAGGAGAAGCCUGAGGAAAAGAAAGCCCAAACAAAAGGGAAAAGAGGACCAAAAGGUAAACAAACUGAAGAUAUUAACGAAGAGGAAUUAAAGGAUAACUUGCCUGCGGAAAAUGGAGAAGCAAAAAGUGAUGAGGCCCCAGUAUCUGAUGCAGCAGGAGAGAAAGAAGCAAAAUCUGAGUAACAUCUUGUACAAAGUCUCUUAAUCAGUGGUUUCUUUACCACCAUCUUGUACAAUUCAGAGGAAUAUUUUUAUCAACUAUUUUGUAAAUGCAAGUUUUUUAGUGGUUUUAGAAAACUCAUUUUUUUU